ACUGUCCAUAUUAAACUUGAUUAUUCACUUCCACUUAUUUCAUCACUACAUUGAAUCUAUCUUGAUUGAAUCAAUAUCAAGUGAAUCCUGUAUUACUACUACUACUUAUCAAGGAUUUCAUAUCAUCUUUGAUAAUCUUUGUUUUUUUUUUGUUAUUUUUCAAUUUGUGGGAAGUUUUUAACUAGUGGAAAAGGUAUUAAUCUUUAAAUCAGUUGCAUCAUUAAUCAAUAAUGGCGAAUCAACAAGACCCUUGGAAUAGCCAACAGCGUCCAUUAGGUCAACCUUUCAAUCGUCAACAUCCACCUGUUUUGCCCCCUCCAGCAACUUUAGAGACGGGUGGUAAUCAAAAUUUCUACCCUUUACCAAGUUUAGCCAGUUUAGGAAAUGGAGGAAAUCAUCCUCAACCAGGUCAUGGGUUCAGUAUCCCAUCCAUUAAUUCCACUGGUGAUAAUAAUCAAAUCAAUCAAAUUCAAAAUGAUCCAAAUAGACAAAAUCAAGAAUUGAGAAGACCUUCUAUUGUUAAUAUAAAUUCAGUACCUACAUCGGCUAAUACCGUAGCUACCACAUCAACUACUAAUCAAUCAAAUCAAUUACCUCCUCCUUCAACUAUAGCUCAAGUCACUGGUACGGCAGUUCCAGAUGUUCAAUCUAUUGCCGGAAUUCCAAAUCGUUCAACCACUACUAAUGUCUAUAGACCUUUGAAUGUUAAGGAUGCUUUAUCUUAUUUAGAUCAAGUUAAAAUCCAAUUUUAUAAUCAAGCUGAAGUUUAUAAUAAAUUCUUAGAUAUUAUGAAAGAUUUCAAAUCUCAAAGUAUUGAUACUCCAGGGGUAAUUGAUCGUGUUUCAAAUUUAUUUAGAGGUCAUCCAAAUUUAAUUCAAGGUUUCAAUACUUUCUUACCUCCAGGUUAUAGAAUUGAAUGUUCUUUAGAUCCUUCUGAUCCAAAUCCAAUUAGAGUUACCACUCCAACUGGUACUACUACAAGACCAAACAUGGAUAAUUCUCAAUUGUGGGGUUCAGAUGCACCCAAUCAACAUCAACAACAACAACAACAAUUACAAGUACAAGCUCAUUAUCAACAAGAACCACAAUUGUUACAAGAAGAGCAAGGUCAAGGUGGUGGACAAAUUGAAUUUAAUCAUGCUAUUUCAUAUGUCAAUAAAAUUAAAACAAGAUUUGCUAAUCAACCAGAUAUCUAUAAACAAUUUUUGGAAAUUCUUCAAACUUAUCAAAGAGAACAAAAACCUAUAAGUGAAGUUUAUGAACAAGUCACUGUGUUAUUUGCCAAUUCUCCUGAUUUAUUAGAUGAUUUCAAGCAAUUCUUACCUGAUACCAGCAGUCAAUCUUAUCAACAGCAACAACAAGCUCAACAACAACAACUCCAACAUCAACAACUUCAACAACAACAAACUCAGCAACAACAGCAACAACGACAAGAAGGUGGAUUUUAUGGUGGUGCUUCACAAUUACCUCCAGUGGGUAAUUUCCAACAACCUACUACUGCUCCAACUUCAGCAGGUCCUUAUAAUAAUGCUCAACAAUAUAAUCAAGUUAAUUAUCAACAUUCAAGUGGUAGUCCAGAACCUCAUGUUACUAAUACCGAUGUUAAUGAUAUAAAGAAAAAGAAAUCCGUGUCGGAAAGUUAUGCUUAUGAAAAUAACUAUAAUGAAGAAGCUCAGCUUUCUGGUGUACGUGGUACUUCUCAAAAAGCAUCUUCCAAGACUCCAGUGGCUACUAAAAAUGGAUCUGUUGCUGCUACAGUUAAUCCAACUUUGGUUCCUGGUAUUCCAGAACCAAUACCUCCUUCCGCUAAUGUUAGUGUUUCAUCACUUCUGGAAGAAAUCUCAUUCUUUGAUAAAGUUAAAAAGGCCAUUGGUAAUAAACAAACUUAUAAUGAUUUCUUAAAGAUUUUGAAUUUAUUUUCUCAAGAUAUUAUUGAUAAAAAUACUUUAAUUGAAAGAGUUGAUGGAUUCUUUGGUGAUACUCAUCCUGAAUUAUUAAAUUGGUUUAAAAUGUUUGUUGGAUUUGAAGAAAAACCGCUUCAUAUUGAAAAUAUUACUUUUAAGAAACAUCAAUUAGAAUUAUCUUUAUGUAAGGCCUAUGGUCCAUCAUAUAGACAAUUACCAAAAGCUGAAACUUAUAUGCCAUGUUCAGGUAGAGAUGAAAUGUGUUGGGAAGUCUUAAAUGAUGAAUGGGUUGGACAUCCAACUUGGGCAUCAGAAGAUUCUGGUUUCAUAGCGCAUCGUAAAAAUCAAUAUGAAGAUAUUCUUUUCAAGAUUGAAGAAGAAAGAUUAGAAUUUGAUUAUUAUAUGGAAUCAAAUUUAAGAACUAUUCAAACUUUAGAAACUAUUGCUAAUAGAAUUGCUAAUAUGACUCCAGAACAAAAGGCUAAUUUUAAAUUACCACCUGGGUUAGGUCAUAAUUCUAUAACUAUUUAUAAAAAAGUUCUUCGAAAAGUUUAUGAUAGAGAUAGAGGAUUUGAAGUUAUUGAUGCUUUACAUGAAAAUCCAUCUAUUGCAGUUCCAAUUGUUUUAAAAAGAUUAAAGCAAAAAGAUGAAGAAUGGAAAAGAGCUCAAAGAGAAUGGAAUAAAGUCUGGAGAGAAAUGGAACAAAAGGUUUUCUUUAAAUCUUUAGAUCAUUUAGGUUUAUCAUUUAAACAAGCUGAUAAAAAAUUAUUAACUGCUAAACAAUUGGUUAGUGAAAUUAGUACUGUUAAAGUUGAACAACAAAAUAAAAGAUUACAUCCAUUAACUCCAAAGCCUCAAGAACAAUUACAAUAUUCAUUUGAUGAUAUCGAAGUCCUUUUUGAUAUUUUGAAAUUAGCUGAUGUGUUUAUUAAUCGUUCAUCUAAUUAUUCAUCAAAUGAUAGAGAAAAAUUAACUCAAUUUUUCCAAUUUUUCAUUUCAUUAUUCUUUGGUAUUUCUACUGAAACCGUAGAAGAAGGUUUAGCUUCAAGAGGUAAGACCGAAAAGGAAACGGAAGAAACUCAUGAACCUUCCAAAAUUGAUGCUGUUGAGGCUACUAAUGAAAAUGUUAGUUCUAAAAAGAGAGGUCGUGAAUCAGAUUUAUUACGUAAUGUAUUAAAGAAACAAUCUAAAUCUAAAAAGGAUGAUCGUGCUGAUUCUCCAACUCCUCAAGUCCAAGAUAACGAUGAACAUGAAUCUUUAGAAGAAGUUGAAAAAUCAAGUGAAUUAUGGAUUAAAACUGCCAAUACUAAAUUUUCCUUAAAGGAAGAUGGUGCCAAUGAAACUAAACGUGAUAAAUAUAAUUUCUUCUGUAAUACUACUGUUUAUGUGUUUUUCCGUCAUUUAAGAACUUUAUAUGAAAGAUUAUUAGAUGUUAAGAAAAUGAAUGAUACAGUUAGUAAAGAAAUUAAAACUAGAAAACAUCCUCAAUUUGCUAAAGAUUUGAAUUUACUUCCUCAUCAACUUGAAGAUAUGGGAAUUGAAAUUGUUGGUACUAAGAAUUGUUAUAAACAAGUGUUAGAAUUAUCUGAAAAGUUAAUUGAUAAUGAACUUGAUCAUCAAUGGUUUGAAGAAACUUUACGUCAAGGUUAUAGAAAUAAAGCCUAUAAAUUAUAUACUGUUGAUAAAGUGGUUCAAGCUAUGGUUAAACAUAUGCAUACUAUGAUAACUGAUUCAAAAACUUCUGAAAUCAUGGUUUUGUUUGAAACUGACAGAACUAAUCCAACUUCAACUGCUAAAGAUCAAAUUUUAAAUCGUAUGCAAGUAAGAUCACUAAUGGCAAGUGAUGAACACAUGUUUAAAAUCGUGUUUAAGGAAUCAGACCGUAGUGUAAACAUUCAAUUUGUUGGAUUGGAUGAUUUAACUAUCAAUGAUCAUGAGAAUGCUGAAGAAAGAUACAAUUAUUAUGUCACAAGUUAUAUAAUGUCACACCCAACUGAAGGUGUACCAGCAUCAAAGAUCAACAUGCCAUUUUCCAGAACAUUUAUUGAAAGUGUCGACGAAGAACAAUGUGUGGGUAGAUCUUAUUCGGGUCUUAAAGUUUCAGUAUGUGAAAAUUCUUACAGAUUAUUCUUUGAUCCAAAUACUCAUGAUGAAUUCGUUGCUGAUUCUGUUUACAAUAAAAAACCAGAAGACGCAAAGAAAGUUGUUGACAAGGUUGAUGUUUUAAAGAACUUUGUUAAUGAUGAAGAAGUUGGUUGGAAGAGAAACUUGUCUGAAACUGAUGAUGCUACUAAAUUAGAUCAAAAAGUCGCUGCAUUAUUUGAAUCUGGUAUUAAAGCUUAUAAAGAUUUCUCAGUAGCUCCUGAACCUGUAAUUGCCAGCGAAAAACCUGAAGAAAAACCAGUAGCAGCAGAAGCUACCACUGAAACUACAACUGCUGAAGUUGUCGAACUGGAUUCGACUUCUAAGGCUAAAGUAAAUGAUGCUGAAGCCACCGUCAUAGAGAACAAUGAUACUACAAUUCAACAAGACGCCAACGAUGCAACUUCUGAUGAAACCACAGUUAAUCAUGAUGAAACUUCUUUCCUGGUUGGAGAGCAAGCUGAUUCUUCAAUAACUGAAAAAUAGAUAAAAUUUUUUAUAUAGGAUUAUUAUCAAAUGUAAUUUUAGUUU